CGUCAAAAUGAUGGCCGAAACGGUAGUGACGGUGGAGACACCGAACCGCAACGCAACUGGCACACCGGCGGCAACUCCGGCGGCGGGCCAGGCACAGGCCAAGCCGGAAUCCAAUCUCAACUGGCUGAAGUUCAACACGCAGUACUUCAUCACCAUCCCGGGCAUAUUGAAGAUCGUACAGGUGGUGUUCGGCAUCAUCUGCAUGGCGUGCGCCUCGCCAGCUCUAAUCGGUGGCACUCACUUCUUCCUGUUUGCGGUCGUCACCUUCUUCAUUGCCACGCUGCUCUGGACGUUCGUCUAUCUGCUCGGCAUCCGUGAGGUCCUAAACCUGCCGAUCAACUGGAUACUGACGGAGCUGAUCAAUACGGCGAUCGCGACACUGCUGUACUUCAUCGCCUUCAUCGUGCAGCUGGCUUCCUGGUCGAACUUGUACGGGCGCGGGCGCGGCUCCAACAUUGCAGCCGGUGUGUUUGGUUUGUUCAACUUCCUCGCGUACGCGGCCGGCACGUACUUCCUGUACGUGGAGCACCGAUCGGCCGGCGUGUAAAAGGGAGCGUUCGGACAGAGGGGUGCUG